AUCCGCCUCCGCCUUCUCAUACCAAAAACAAAAUCCCGACUACGAUCCAACAAACAAACACCGCAUUAAACACCUCCGACCGCAAUUGAAUGUCCGCAUCCAUUCACGAACUCUUCAACCCGGCGACAACUACAAUCAUGUUGUCCGCACCCAUCAGUCUCCCCACCGUCCUCAUUGGCGCCGGCAUCAUCUUUCUCUUCGCGCUGGCAUUAUAUCCGUCUUCACUGCUGCGCUGGUUCCAACGCAAGCGCUAUCAAUAUGAAGUCACUUUUUCGCUUUACAUGUUGACGCCGACUGAGAAGUUCAUUUUCAAUUCCAUACUCUUCCUCUUCCUAUCCAUGGUUUCGAUCGCCGUUGCGCUGUACUUGCCCCGUCAUGUCAAGAUCAUCGCACAUCGCGCGUACUACUACGUCUCUGGAGAUUUGCUGAAGAAUGGAACUACAAGUGGUGUCUUGGGGUCAAGCAGUGCCGCUGCUGGUAGCGUCUUGGCCGAGCAUGCGCCUACUGCUGUUGCUGAAGCCGUGGGAAGUGCUUGAUCAGCUGGCACACCAUUGACCACACAGCCGGCCCCGACAAGGCAAAAAAGAGCAUGGGAGGGGAUGGAUAUACGAAAGUUCUGGAAAACGAGGGAGUGGAGCCUCCCCUCUUUCUAUUUGAGUAAACUCUUUUAAUUCGACGCUGAUAGAUGAGCAUUGGGAAAACACACAUGGCGUUUUGAUUUUCCAAAUUGAGGAUGAUGGCGAUAUAAUGGCUCACAUCCCUGCCAGAAUACAACAAGCUUGAUCAUCCAUCGAUCCUGGAUUUUCUCUGUCCUGUUGGGCGGCAAACACUGACUGGUCUUUGGACCUGUAUAGCCUAUGUUGACAGCAAGAAAACUUCUCUCGCUGGUAGCACUUCAAGACAUGUACGACAACACCAGCACCUUCCGCAGCUAGAGGGCUCCCAAGUGCAAAUGAAAGUAUAAAAGCCUAGCAAAAAGAAACCACGCACAUCCAUCACAACAAAACAGCAAAAAAACCAAUCUCUUGG